AUGGAGGAUAUAUUUCAAUGGUGUCGUGAAGGAAAUGCUAUGCAAGUUCGUGUAUGGCUCGAUGAUACUGAGCAUGACAUGAACCAAGGAGAUGAUCAUGGAUUCAGUCCACUUCAUUGGUGUGCAAAAGAAGGCCACUCAAAACUUGCUGAAUUGCUUGUCAGCAGGGGAGCCAGAAUAAAUGCGACGAACCGGGGUGAUGAUACUCCUCUGCAUCUAGCAUCUGCCCAUGGACAUAGAGAUAUAGUACAGCUGCUACUGACAGCCAGACAAUUCAACUGA